GUUUGAAGGAAGUAACGUGGAAAUUACUUUGUUCUGUUAUUUAUUUCUCAUCCAUUUUUGCACACUCUCAUGCACAUAAGAAGAAGAGCUAGAAGCCUUUUGCAUUGAAAGGUUCUUUCUUCUUCUUCUUCUUCUUCUUUAUGGAAAAGUCAACGGCGUGUUUGGGUGGAGGUGUGUGCAUUGUGAUGAUUCUGUGGUGGUGCUGCAUAAGAAAUGUGACAUCUGGUGCAUCGGAUCACCGUUACAAGCAAGGAGAUUCAGUUCCCUUUUAUGCCAACAAGGUGGGACCCUUUCACAAUCCCAGUGAGACAUACCGAUAUUUUGAUCUUCCUUUUUGCUCACCAGCUAAUGUUGAAGAAAAGAAAGAAGAUCUUGGUGAAGUUUUGAAUGGGGAUAGACUAGUUGUUGCUCCUUUCACAAUGGAUUUCCAAAUUGAUCAAGAGCCUAAGAGUAUCUGCAAGAAGAGACUGACAAGAUCAGAGGUUGCGCAGUUCCGAGUCGCCAUCUUGAAGGACUACUUCUUCCAAAUGUACUAUGAUGACUUGCCAAUAUGGGGAUUCCUUGGAAGAUUUGAAAGCGAAGAUCAAGACGACACGGCUGGCGCAAAAGUCUAUCUUUUCAGGCAUACUCAUUUUGAGAUCCUUUACAACAAGGAUCGAAUCAUCGAUGUUUUCGUCCAGAACAAGCCUAAUGAAGUUGUGAGCUUGACAGAAGAUACAGAGGUAGAUGUGGACUUCACAUAUUCUGUCCAAUGGAUUCCAACUGAUAUGUCUUUUGAGAAGAGGCUGGAGAAAUACUCACAAGCAUCAUUGAUGCUACUCAACUUGGAAAUCCAUUGGUUUUCUAUCAUCAACUCUUGUGUAGCUGUACUCCUCUUGACCGGAUUACUUGCCACAAUCCUCAUGCAUGUCCUUAAGAAUGAUUUUUCGAAGUUCACACAUGAUGAGGAGGCAGUGGAUGAACAAGAGGGGAGUGGAUGGAAGUAUAUACAUGGUGAUGUUUUCAGAUAUCCAAUGUAUAAGUCCUUGUUUGCAGCAGCAACUGGAAUAGGCACCCAGCUAUUUGCACUUUCAAUCUUCAUCUUUAUGCUUGCUCUAGUUGGUGUUUUCUAUCCAUACAAUAGGGGAGCUUUGGUUACUGCACUGGUUAUCAUAUAUGCGCUAACAUCAGGCAUCGCCGGCUACUCUGCAGCGUCCUUCUAUUACAUGAUUGAAGGGAAAAACUGGAUGAAAAUUAUGGUAUUGACUGGAAGUUUGUUCUCAGGGCCAUUAUUCUUGACAUUCUGCUUUCUUAACACUGUUGCAAUUGCAUAUAGCUCCACUGCAGCACUACCACUUGGAACAAUUGUGGUUAUUUUCCUGUUAUGGACACUAGUAACCUCACCUUUACUAGUUGUGGGAGGGAUUGCUGGCCGGAAUAGCAGACCGGAGUUCCAAACUCCUUGUCGCACGAACAAGUAUCCAAGGGAGAUCCCUCAACUGCCUUGGUAUCGCAGAACGCUUCCUCAAAUGGCAAUGGCAGGGUUCUUGCCCUUCAGUGCCAUCUACAUUGAACUCUACUACAUAUUUAUCAGUAUUUGGGGUCACCAGAUCUACACCAUAUACAGCAUUCUUUUUAUUGUGUUCAUCAUUCUCUUCAUUGUCACUGCUUUCAUCACUGUGGCAUUGACAUACUUUCAGCUUGCUGCUGAGGAUCAUCAAUGGUGGUGGAGGUCCUUUGUGUGUGGUGGAUCAACUGGCUUGUUCAUAUAUGGGUACUGCAUAUAUUUCUACUAUGCAAGAUCUGAUAUGUUUGGUUUCAUGCAAACCUCUUUCUUUUUCGGCUACAUGGCCUGCAUUUGCUAUGGCUUCUUCCUGAUGCUGGGAACUGUUGGUUUCCGCGCUGCGUUAUUCUUUGUCCGUCACAUAUACCGGUCUAUCAAGUGUGAAUAGACACAAGCUCAUUGCCACCAGCCAGAGGCUCCCACACUCUUCUCAUUGCUGCUAAGUGCUAAUGCAAGGCCUUGAGGUGCUUCACACAACUUCUCAAUCCCAUAUUCGUAUCAGCAAUUUAGAUAAUCUCAUAGACGGUGCAUGAAUAUAGAAGAAUAGCUUCCAUACUACACACACUUUAAGUUUCUGAUAGAUAGUUCAUAGCUUUGAGACUUGAUUUGAAUCCUAGUUGGCAAGAAUUUCUUCAGGAUUCAAUAUACGAAUAUAAAUAGAGUUUCAAUAUCUAACAUAUUAUAA